GUGCCUCUGCCUCCGGGCCCUUGGGAGCCAAAUCCAAGGAAGCCGAUUCCCCCUCCUUCGCUCGACAUGGCAAAGGGUGAAAGCCGGGACACCGCAGACAGCAUCACUCCCAGUGGUGCAUCAAGAUUGCGGAUCAAGGAUAUGGACCAGCGUGGUACGUCCAGCGACACAGAGAGCUACCAUAAUCAGCUGAGCUCGCGUAGCAUCCAGUCGUUACGCGAUGACCUGAAGCCGGCCGAACCGGCUGCGCCUCCCAGAGGUUUGGAUGUUGACUCCCUUCUUGAAGCGCUUGAGGAGGAAACGCUGAGCCGUAAAUCUCCGUCCUUGUCCCCUGAGAGGCUGAAGAGAGGCCAAGACGUCGACAGUCUCCUGGAAGAUUUGGACGCUGCGCUUGUGACGUAG